AUGUCAGACAACAACAAUCCUCAAAUAAAGUACGAUGUUUUUGUUAGCUUCAGGGGCAAGGACAUCCGUGACGGGUUUCUUAGCCAUUUGACUCGGGCAUUUCACACCAAGCAAAUAAAUGCCUUUGUUGACGAUAAACUUGAGAAGGGAGAAGAAAUAUGGCCAUCACUUGUUGCAGCUAUUGAAAGAUCUGCCAUUUCGUUGAUCAUCUUCUCACCAGACUAUGCCUCUUCUCACUGGUGUCUAAAAGAAAUUGCCAAAAUUAUUGAAUGCCAAGAGAAAUAUGGACGCACUGUAAUUCCUGUUUUCUACAAAGUGACACCCACAGAUGUACGACAUCAAUCUGGGAGGUACCAAAAAGCAUUUGCUGAGCAUGCAACAAAACAUGAGACCGAGCUACAACUCUGGAAACGUGCUUUAGAUAAAUCUGCUAGUUUCUCUGGAAUGGAAUCUACAAAGUAUCAAUUGGAUAAAUCAGUGAAGGUGGGUGAUCUAAAAUCUUUGUUGAAAGACAAUGAAAAUGAUAAUUCAGUGGCUUUUGAGUUAAAAAGGCUGGAAGACAAAGCUCUUAUAACUAUCUCUAAGGAUAACAUUGUAUGUAUGCAUGAUAGUUUACAAGAAAUGGGUUGGGAGAUUGUUCGGCAAGAGUCCAUUGAUGAUCCUGGAAGCCGCAGUCGAUUGUGGGAUCCCAAUGACAUUUAUGAAGCAUUGCUUAGUAAGGCCAUUAGAAGCAUUCAACUUCCAUUGACACCAAUUAAGAAGCAAAAGUUAAGCGCUCAUCAAAUAUUUGCUAUGUUGAGAAGAGCAAAAUUUGUUGAAAUUUUUGGGACAAGGGCAAAUUUACCAACAAGUGAACGAAGAUUUCGUGCCGACGGAGUUAAAUUUAUGGGAACUGAACUAAGAUUUCUUUUUUGGGAGAAUUACCCUUUAAGGUCCUUGCCAGAGAGUUUAAAUGCUGAAAAACUUGUUAUAUUGAUUAUGAAUGAAGGUAAAUUGGAAAACCUCUGGGAUGGAGUGAAGAAUGUGGUGAAUUUAAAAAAGCUUGACCUCAGUUGGUCUAGAAUGUUGAAGGAGCUUCCAGAUUUAUCAAGAGCUAAAAAUCUUGAAGAACUGAACGUCCGUGGUUGUGUUAUGUUGGCCUGCGUGCAUUCAUCUAUUUUCUCUCUGCGGAAACUUGAGAGGUUGGACCUUGCUAACUGCACAUCCCUUACUGUACUUGCAAGCAAUUCCCAUUUACUCAGUCUUCGUUAUCUAAAUCUUAUAUGUUGCGAUAAUCUUAAGAAAUUCUCAGUGAUUUCUGAGAAUUUGAAAGAACUCAACUUUGGAGGAACAAAAUUAAAAGCAUUGCCCUCAUCAUUUGGAGAUCAACCGAAGCUUGAAUCGUUGUGUAUUAGCGAAACUGGGAUUGAGAGGUUGCCGUCAUUAAACAAUCUUGGUCAAUUGUUAAAGGAAAACAAGAAACUUGUUCUGUUCUCAGAUUCUGUGAUGUUGGAUGAACGUGCUAUUGGGUUCAAUGCGAAAAUCAACAUAAUGAAAUUUGCAAACCAGCACCUAUCAGCACCAAAUCACAAUCCUGUUAAAAAUUACGGAUAUCGAGAUGCUUAUACUCGUUCUGAUCGAUGUGUUUAUAUGUAUCCUGGAAACAGUUUUCCAGAGUGGUUGGAGUAUAGCACAGGAAAGGAUUGUAUUACUAUUGAUCUCUCUUCUGCUCCACCGUCCCCCGAGCUGGGUUUCAUUUUCUCCUUCAUUCUUGAUAUGAGCUCAAUCACUACAAAUCUUCAAUAUCCUAUGAUUAAUAAUCUUCAAUGUCGUAUCACUACAUUUGAUGGUGAAGAUGGAGGUAAAAGUGACAGCUUCAGAAUGCCCAUACCUUAUGGAAACCUCUAUGUUGGAUCGAAUUACGUGUGUAUGAUCAUAUACGACCAAACGUGCUCUGAGUUCUUAAAUACAAGAGCCAAAAAUCAAACGAAGUUCAAAAUCCAAGUUACAAUGGUGCACCCUUCUAAAAAUCCUCAUACAACAAUAUUAAUACAGCAGAUGUUAAAAAGAUUCGGAGUCAGCCCAAUAAGCACCUCCGCAUAUGAGGCAUUCAUUGGACAAAUUGAAUUGGGUGACUCAAAGUCUGAAUUUCAUUAA